AUGUCAAGCUCGGCAUUCUCGCAAGAAAAAAAUGCUUACAGUGCUUUGCCUCCAGAUAUCGUCCAAGAAACGCUUCCAUUCUUAUCACCAAGUGAUAUCAGAAAUUUAUCUAGCACAAACAGGUACUUUCAUAAACUGCUUAAUUAUGGCUCGUCGGAAACUUUAUGGCAUGAGCUCUUUCACAAAGCUUUUGGAACUCCUCAUACGAACGAUGAACCGUUUUUAACGAAAGAGGUCGAGGAUACUAGAACAUGCUGCGAGGCGAUAAUGACUGAAAACUUCCCUGGUCUGUCAUGGCAGGAAAGAUUCAAAGUUCGUACAGAUCAAGCUCAAAUUUACACUUGGGGUUGUCUGAAGCACGCAAGAUUGGGCUAUACAGCUGCAUCUCAUGGAAAUAUCAGAGAAUCGGAUCUGAACAAUGCUGGAUUGAGGCAGCUGAGAUUCGGAGUUAACCGCCCAACAAUGGUGCCAUGGUACCCAGAUGAAGAAGGCAGAGGCUCAAAAGAUGCUUGCGUAGUUCAAAUAUCUAGCGGGGGGUUUUCAUUUCAAAUACUUACACAAUCUGGAAAGCUCUUCUCCACGGGGUCAACUUUUACUGGAGGCCACAAAGGUCCGGGUGUUGUAGAGGGAGAACAUGACUAUAAUCCAUUUAGAGAGGCGGUUCACGCACUAGAAAGCUCUUUUUCAAGAUACAGGAUACCCAACAGGACAGCCACAAUGACAGGAACCUUCCCUUCACAUCUCGGUACAGUGCCAACUCUAGGGCCUCAUCACAAUAUAUAUGAAGACCUGGAAGAAAUGGAAAGGAAAUCUACACAAACUGUUCCUAAAAAUGAUCACAUCAGAAGGAUGCUCACACGAGAUUGCUUCGAAAUAUUUACCUCUGACAGUGGGUCUCUGGCGGUUGAUGAGGAAAAACUAGACUGUAUCAAAUACAUUAGUGUAUCAUCUGGACGAAGCCACUUUCUUGCUUUGGAUGAGAAUAAUGAGAUAUACUCCUGGGACUCCCCUGAAUCUGAUUAUGGUAUAAGAAUUCUCUUUCGCGAGUUUCCUUCUCGAUCAGCGAAUCCAAUUUUGAAAAUUGGAUGUGGUUGGGAUUUGAAUUGCGUCUACAUAUACAAGGUCGGGUUAGUGAUAUGGAAUAAACGGACACCUUGCAAGAAGGGGGAAAGUUGGUCUGAUGCCAUUUAUGAAGUUAUACCUGGUACUGAUGAAUUGACAGGACCAAAGAAAAUCGUGGAUUUCGCUUGUUUUCAAGGUGACUGUGUGUUUUAUGUGACAAACGAGAGUAACAGACUAUGGAAAUACUCGAAUAAAUUAUCCGUACCCCAGAAUAUUCAACUGGAGGGUAAAAUAGUGAAGGUAAGUGUCUGCUUCACGUCAUUAGUCAUCUUUACCGACCAACACUGUUACACAGUGAACAUUAAAGAUGAUAAGCUUGACGUAGGUUCACUGAAAAGACUAGAUUUACCGGAUAAAGAAGAUUGUAUCAUCUCUCUAGCAUGCGGCGAUUAUCAUACUAUCGCCUUGACUAAAAAAGGCCAAAUCUAUUCAUGGGGACUCGAGAGCCAGUUAUGUGGAUGCUUAGGUCUGGGUUCAACAGAUGAUCUGAUUGAACGUGACAGAGUAGGGAGAUGGGAUGGAAUCAGAAAUGUGAGGGUCACACAACCGACCAAGGUCAAAAUAGAUGAGGGAUAUGUGUGCGUCGGGGUUUGUGCCGGAGGUUGGCAAUCUGGUGCAUUGGUAAUUAAAAAAUAG